AUGAUUCCCGAGAAACAGAUCCCUACAAAGGCCUUUGUGGUCGAAGCGCCUCACGCCCCGUUUGUCCUUCAAGAUGUUGUUCUAGACGAGGUGCGGGAUAACGAAGUUCUCGUUGAAAUGAAAUUUACUGGUCUGUGCCAUACGGACAUUGUGGUGCAACAAGGUGCUUUGCCCGUUGGAGAUUAUCCAGCGGUCUUGGGCCAUGAAGGUGCAGGUAUUGUGCGCCGAGUUGGCAAGGCUGUCAAAGAUAAAACCUUGAAGGACGGAGAUCAAGUCUUCCUGAGCUUUACUACUUGCGAUAGUUGCAAUCCCUGCAAAGACGGACGCAAAGGCUUCUGCCGUGACUUCACUAAUAUCAACCUCGCGGGUGUGCGCGGCAUCUCUGCUGCAGAUUCACCGAUCUCAACCCCUGCAGGCCAGCCUGUACGAGGACAGUUCUUUGGUCAGUCUUCGAUGAGCAAAUUGGCCAUCGUGAAUGAAGCGUCUGUCGUCAAGAGCACCUACAAGUUGAGCGACUUGGAUUUUGCCGCACUUUCUCCCUUGGGGUGUGGUUAUCUCACAGGUGCUGGCACCGUCUUGAACAUUCUGAAGCCCAAACCCAAGUCGCGAUUUGUGGUGCUUGGAAUGGGCGCAGUCGGAUUAGCUGCUAUGAUGACCGCCCGAGCUUUGGGCGUUGAGACUAUAGUCGCCGUUGACAUUGUCGACUCGAAACUCGAGCUAGCGACCUCUCUUGGAGCUACACACACGCUCAACACGAAGCAUGUUACCGAUCUUGCAGAAGGAUUGAAAGAGAUAUUCCCUGAAGGUGUCGAUAACAUUCUCGACACCACUGGCGUUAUCCCUUUGCUUCAGUCAUCUAUUGCAGCUCUAGGCCAUGAUGGAACUCUGGUCUUUGUGGGUGUUGCCCCGGCCACUGGCACCCUUACUAUCAGCCCGCUGGAAAUCAUGCUUAGCUGCAAGCGAAUCAUUGGAGCGAUUGAGGGAUCGUCAGAUCCAGCUAAACUUCUGCCUCUACUGCUCGAGUGGUACAAUCAGGGAAAAUUUCCAGUUGAUAAGCUAGCUAAGGUCUACAACACAGAUUCGCUGGAUCAGGCGUUGGAAGACCUGCAGGCUGGCAAAAUUAUUAAGCCGAUUCUGAGGUGGGGUGAUAUUUGA